CUGUGUACAAAAGCCACAUCAAGACAUGGAGCCAGCACCCUUGAUUACCCAUGUAAUGUGUACACAGGUAGCCAGUUCUGUGGCUAUAAAGCAUGCUCAGCAGAAUAUCAGCCCCAUGACUGUCCAUGAACUGAUGUUUUUAUGGCUCCAGUGUAACCUGAUUGAGGGCGCUAUUCUUCAUGUCGACAUGUCCACGUGGUAAAAUUUGGCAGUGGUGUACAUGUACUUCCGCCGCGGCCGGCCGCUGAUAUGAUCAGGACUACACUGGCAGUGGCAGGCUACUACCUGGAGACGAUUGAAGUAUCCUGCAUGGCCUAGAUCGCAAGAAUGGAAGGAGAUCUUGUGAAACAUCUUGGAGGAUGCCACUGUGGUGAAGUCAGGUUUGAGGUCCUGGCUCCCAGGAAAUUGUUCGUCUUCAACUGCAAUUGCAGUAUUUGCACAAUGAAACAAAACAAGCACUUCAUAGUUCCUAACUCUCACUUCAAACUUUUGCAGGGCGCACACAACCUCACAUGCUAUACAUUCAACAGGGCUGCCAAGCACACAUUUUGUAAAACUUGCGGGGUUCAGAGUUUUUACACACCAAGGACCAACCCAGAUGGAAAAGGUGUGACAUUCCACUGUCUAGACAAAGGGACACUAGACAGCACCGACGUCGUAGUGAUUGACUUCGAUGGGCAAAACUGGAGCCAGAGUGUGAAGAAUUCUCCCGUUGACUUCAGUCAGCUGUCCAAAGGUGGUGAUGAACAGAGUGACAAAUGAAGACCAGCUCAUGCGAAAACGACUUUCAGUACUGUAAUAUGCAUGCACGGCAGGUCUUGAGAUUCUACUCAGUUUGAAUCCAAAACCAUUACAUAUGGGCAGAUCUAUGGGGGAUGUGGGGCUUUAAGGGAUCUCGCCCAUCCCUGGAAGGAGAGUUGAGUUAUUUUAACAUUUAAAUAUGAAUGAUGCAACUGCUCAGUGCCUCCUUUUUCUCCUGAUGGGUUCUCAAAAAGUUUAGAACUGUGCAUCAAGCCUUAAAUAGAAACAUGUGUAAUUAGUUUAUGUUGUUUAAGUACAGAAGCUAAAGUCCCCCCAUGUACAUUUUUGUGACAAAUGUUGUCAGAAAAUGUUUGCUAGACUUAAAGUAGGGAAUUCAGUGGUAAGACCAAGUGUCUUGUAUCAGUUGCUGAUUGAAACUGUUGCUUUUAGGCAUUGAUUCAUUGUUUGUAUUCUAGUUGAGAAGGUUUUCAGGUAUUUCACAGUUGUGGUACUUAUUGUCAAGAGAGAACUUUAUAAUAGACAUGUACCAGCAACUCCUCCCAACCCCUGAAAAUUUGGCUCUAGAACUGCCCGUAAUUAUCCUUAGUGUGAAGUACACCAAGGGCUGUGUAUUAGGAUAUGUGGUAAUUCAGGUGAAGGUCAUUGAGGUGUUAAAUAUUAUAUACUGGCAGAGGUUGGGACAAUGAAGGACAUGAACUUCUGUAAUGCGUACUUUUUCAUGUGCAAUGAUUGCCAGUAUGGUCCAUUGGCAAACCGGAGUAGUGUAACAUGUUGUAUGUGGGUAUCUUUCGUACUUUUUGUUGGGGACGACGCAUCCCUCAGAAAAUGUCUACAAUUUGCUCUGAUGACAUUAUUGCAUUGUGCACAAAGGUUUGGUUCAUUUGGCUUUGAUACGACCUCCUAACAGUAUGUAUUAGAAAAAGGAAGA